AUGUGUACAGCUGGAGUGCCUGACAUCCCCACGCUGUGGCCGUACAGGGAACGCCAACAGAAACCAAAAAUGUACAGGAAAAGCCGUGUGCUGACUGCUGUGGGCCACACGCUGUGGCGUGACACCCCCCUGGCCGCCCUCCUGCGUGCACCACCAGCUGCGGUGCCAGCACUGCUGUGGAGGCCGUGGCUGGCUGGCUGGGUGGGGAGCUGGCUGCUGGCUACUGGCUGCGGCCCCGCCUCUGCAGGUCUCCUCUGGAGGCGGGCUGGCGGCUCCCCACCCAGCCAGUGGCCAGGUGGGGCCCGCGGCGGCAGCUCGCCACAGCACUGCCCGGCCGACACGUGCGCCACAGAGGCGUCUCGCGCACAGUGCUGGAGACUUCCGAAGUUUCCAGACUUUAGAGGUUCCAGGCUGUGGCUGGAGUGUGUUCCCACGGCCGGAGAACGUGAGCGGCCCGCGGCGCGAGUCGGCCAGUGCGGGGGUGGGGCCCGUGGCCCGCUGCGUGGGAGGCCGGCCUGCCUGCAGCCAGACACACAAGUCGGGGAGUACGUGGAGGAGGCGCGCCAGUCGGCCGAGAUGAGAGUACAGAUUGCCCGGGGUCGUCAUUCACGGCCCAGCCUGGACUGGAGAUCUGAAGUCGCCAGGAAAGGCUCCCACCGGCUGCCGCUCCAGUCUGGAGCGCCCUGCCGCCUGCAGCCCAGCUGCCUCUCGGCCAGCCUGGAGUCUCCUCUCCAGCCCCGCACUGCCAGCUCUGACACCAACCCAGAAGUGUGCAGCACACCUCACGCCGUGUCCAUUAUCGCUGGCUGCAGCUCUCUUAGUGUUUCACUUUCAGUAGCUGCUGGUACUGAUGAGCAUAUGAGUAGCCCGUGGAAGCUCGUGAGUCAGAGUGCAGACCUCGAGGUGACUGAAGAACGUUUUGCAGUUUGGUUACCGUGGACGGCAAAGUGCGACAGCCCGGAGCAGCCGCCCCCCGCGCUCUCAGCUGCGCGGCGCCUGGCAGACCGCCUCAGGGACUCCGGACAGCCGCCGCCGCCGGCAGGUGGAGCGGAGGAGGGAGGGGGGUGCGCCGGCGCCCUGGCGCAGCUCCGCCGCCUCACGUGGCGCAAAUCCUUGAAACUCGUCAGGGAGCUCGACUGCCCGAUCGCCGACGAGUGUAUCGACUCCUGCUCUGUACCGAGAUCAAGAUUCAACCUCAUCCAAACGGCACAGGAGAGACAUGGCAACGUCUUGAAAACGUGGUCUUAUAGUGGAAGUGCUGCUCGUGAUUAUGGCGCGAAGGAGCAGACGUUUCAAAUGGUAAAUGCUACCUGCAUAGACUUUGUGUGGGAGAAAGUGAAAGCUGUGCUUCUACAGAAGACCGAUCCACUGGCUUGUUCACCAGUCCGUCGUCUCCCGUCUUGUGCAGAACUGCAGGUCGAGGCGGCUGUUUUCCGGGAACGCCUCUCCAGCUACUGGCGGGACUUGGCGCAGCUGCUCUCACACGGUGCGGCGCACUUGUCACAGCUGUUGGUUCCCCUCGCAUUCGAACGUAUGGGUAACCACGCAAGUGAUCAGCAACUCCACGGUUGGAUUAAGGACAUGGAACGUGUGAAAGACAUGCUGCGCACGAAAUUAACUGGAUGGGUACAUGACAUGCAAUUAGCCAGCAAACAGGUGGAGCACUACGAGGUGGAAGAAGACAAGGACAGGCCAGGGCACUUGAUACUCAGGCGGCCGCUGUUGAGUGAACGCCUGCUGCGCUAUCAGCCGUGGAGCCUCUCCUCUGACGACGACUUCAGUGCGCUGUGCAAGGAGCGGCAGCCAGAGGCGUCGCAAAUGUUCAGCCUCGCUGACGAACUGUACGCCUUCCAUCGUCUCUACUGGUACACUGCAGCUGAGUACAUCGAUUCAUUCUACAAAGAUGAUUUCAAGAUUGUAGACGAGGAGUGGCAGCUGGAGGACAGAAGCCACGAUACGCUCUCCGUGGACACUGACUGCGUGCAGCUGUUGGUGAACGCCCUGGACCACCCCACGUGUCCGCUGGAAGACCUGCCACUGGAAGCCGUGAAGCAGCACGAGCGGUGCCGCGAGCAGCUGUGGGACGACGUGGUGCAGAGGUCGCCCCACAUACCCGUCACCAGCUACCUGGCCUACACGCAGAGGAUAAACGUCAACCUCUGUCUGCUGGCCUGGAUGGCGGUCAACUCGUACGGCAUUUGUCAGGACGUCCCGUUUAGUAUGAUACAGUCGGUGCACGAUGCUCGCUGCUAUUUCGAUAGUCCUGAUGAUCAAUCAUGUCUGCAGUCGAACGCUACAGACGCCAUCUGCUCUGUUUCCAGAGCUAUUCUGUUGCUAAAGUGUCGCGACUUUUCCUCCAUCAGGACUUCCAGUAGUUGUACGUUCGUUAAUUUCCCAUUUGUAUUAUUCGAUAGUAAUAGCAGUGUACUGUAUCAAAAGCUAACAGAAGAAACACUGAACUACAAAAACAGUUUAACCAACGCCACCUUGAAAUACAAGAAUUUCAAAAUAGACAGCUUGAAGCCUUUAGAAAUCUCAUUUAUACUGAUAAAUAUCAUUUUCCGUUUUUCGACUGCCGUAGUAUACAUGUACCUUCCCCAGUUACGCAACUUGCCUGGAAAGAUAUUCUUGUCCUUUCAGAUCACGUGCAUAACCCAGAUCCUGUGUUCUGAGGUCGUGUAUCGUAUGGCAGGCGUCCCUGACUUACCUACAGCAGUGCUGAUAGACAGCGCCCUCACACUUCUCAGCUGUAUCUGGCUGAACUCAUUCUGCUACCACAUGUAUGCUUGUGUUCGCCAUCUCAGGCUUCCUAACCAGCUACUACCUGCUGAAGUAAGCCGGUUAUUCCGUCGUGAGGUGCUGUGUGUGUUUAUACCGUGGAGUGUAGUAUGUGUGGCAGCUGUUGCUUUGGAAAAGACGAGUAAAUAUCACAUGAUCCACAGUCGCAUAGUAGUCCUUGCAGGGAUUUCAGUGUCUGUGACAUUCAAUUUGGUUUGUCUCGGACUGCUUGGAUACAUGUACCUACGUAAUCGGUGCUCCAUGCGGCAACUCGAAAUUGUUGAUAACAAGAAAUUUGCCUCAAAGAAGGAAUGUCUUUUUAUGUCAGUUAAGGCCAUUAUAUUAAGUGGAACAGGAAUUAUUAUUAGAAUUGGGUUCCACCAGGCUCAGGGAAUAGCGCAGUUAGUGUACUAUAUGCAUCUAGUUACGAUGGUGCAAGGACCAGUGCUCUUCGUCUGUUUCGUUUGCAAUGGAACGACGCUCCCCAUACUCAAGAACAGGAUACUUCUUUGGUGGGACCCAACCAACAUCCCUGCAGGUCUAGAGCUGUGUUCGGCAGCCGAGAGGAAUCUGGCCAGGAGAAACAAUGAACAGUCUCCCUUUUCAGAAUCCUCGCUGUAGCCUCCUUCAGUAUUUUUGGCAAAUAACAGUCUCCACACUACACUGCAUUAAACCCAGCAAUAAAAUGGACUCUACCUGGUAUGACAAUGUUAAAUGUCAUUAAAUCUGAUAUCGUACAGCCAGUACUUCUCUUUCCUAACGUCUCCUUCAUUUAUAACUGUGUGCUUCUUUGUGAGUGGUAGCCUCUGUCUACCUAUUCUAAUGCACUGAGACUACUCACUAAAAUUGUUGGGAAAUGCUUCGUGUAUACAAUAGGCUGCGUUAAUCACACGGCCUGUUAUGUACAAGGAAAACGCAGCACGUUGCCGGAGGAAUUCCCUUCGUCAGUGUCAUCUACCGUGGCGAUGAUGCAUUUCUGGACAUAUGUUCGUAUGACGUUUUUUCUCCGUUUUCCGUCGAGGAUCUCUCUUUGCAGUUUGUCGAUUUUAUUAAUGUAUAAUGUAUGAUAUUAGUAUAUAUCAUAUUAUGUCUGAAACAGAGAAAUUUUCCAUAUGUGUGUGAAAGAUGUACUUUUACAUGAUUUGUAAUUCAAGUACCAUGACAAGAGACAUUCAGAUACUUAUAGAAUCAAAAGAGAGGGGCGAAUGACUGAAGUGGUGUGUGCAUGAAAGUGUAAAUGGGUUUGUUGAGCUUAUUAGUGGUUUGAUUACAUAGAGUGGCUCAAACGGGUAUAGUAAGAAAGUAACACAUGACUUGUUGUGCGAAAUGUGGCUUGAAGUGAACGCAAAAUGUCGAAUGGCAGAGUUAUUUGAGAUUAGCAUUAUUGGGUUUGUGAGACAAGAUGGUGAUUUGUUAAGCUACAGGUUUGUAAGGGUACUAUGGCAGAUGUUAAAAGUUAAUGUUCCAUGUGCCACUCUUGGGCAAGGAAGAACAUUACUUAAAGGCGUAUUUACAGGAACAGUACUGUGGAAGGAUAAACUUGUGCCAGUACUGUGAGUCCUGGAAAACAUGUGCCAUAGUAGCUUCACUAGAAGCACACAGUACGCCGAAACUGUUGUGAUUCGUAAUCAAUAGACGA